AUGUCCCUCAUCACCCACCUCUCGUCGCUCGCCGAACAUGACCGCUUGAUCGCAGCCAAGAAGGACAAGCUCGUCGUCGUAAGUGUUGGCGUUGAGCACAUCCUGGCCGCCUCCCCACUUCACACUUGGCGUGCCCCAGCACAGCAUCGUCGCAUAACAUGUGCACAUCACAUGAGCUAGCCAAUGCCGAAAACGUCCUCUACUGUGAGAUUGACGUUCUCCAGACCUUUUCUCGCACAGAUCGACUUCCAUGCAACAUGGUGCGGCCCCUGUCAUGCGAUCGCACCCAAGUUCGACCAGCUCUCCAAGAUUUACCGCGACGCGACCUUCUGCAAAGUCGACGUCGAUGCCGCCAAGGAUAUUGCUCAAAAAUACUCGAUCCGAGCCAGUACGUCGCUUGAGACAACAUCGCUCGCCCUCUCCUGAACCCCCGGGUGCUGAGCCCGAGCCCGAAGUUGAGCCGCCACGUCCCACCGAGCUCGGCGUCGACUUUUCUUUCCGAAUCGGGGCGCAACAGCGCACAGGGCAUUAUGCUGACAUGAGAAUAUCUCAAUCAGUGCCAACUUUCGUCCUGACCAAGAACGGCUCCAAGCUGAACGAGAUCAGAGGCGCCAACGCAGCCGGUCUGGAAGCCGCGAUCCGAAAACACAGCUCGUCUUCCGCAGGAGGUGGACCCGUAUUCCCUGGGUCAGGACAUACACUCUCGGGAGCACCGGCAGCAGGGGCAGGGGCAGGAGGAGAGGGUACGCCUGGGUCGGGGUUCCUCAAGGUCAUUGUCGUGGUUGGGUUGAUCUGGCUCUGGGUCUCGUACGCUAGGAAGGCCGAGGCCGUCGAUGCUCAGGUUUUGGGUCUCUGA